CCGUAUGAACUGCGUAUAGACAGUGAAAAGACAUAAGACGGAAAAUCUAAUGAAAUAUGGUUACAGAAGGACUAUAAUAAAAACCGGACACGUGAGAGCAGCCUAAGCCCAUUAAAUUCUCGGCUGAGUGGGUAGGCCUCCGGAAGUGCGAGGGAGUUGGGUCGAAGGUCGAAGGGCGAGCAUCGGGCCAAGGAUGUCUGAAGGAGGACUCAAGGUGGAGCAGCCCAUUGAGAGCGUGGAGGCGCUCUCGAGGGAGGCGGAGGGGCUCAAGGUCAAACUCGAGGAGGAGAGGCAGAAGCUCAACGAUGUCCCGCUGACGACGGUGGCGGCGCGGCUCGAGAACCUCCCUCCUCUCAACAUCAAACCCCGCCGGGUACUGAAGGGCCACCAGGGGAAAGUGCUGUGUUCCGACUGGUGUAAUGACAAGCGCCACCUGGUGUCGUCUUCACAGGACGGGAAGAUGAUCAUCUGGGAUGCUUUCACCACGAAUAAAGAGCACGCGGUCACCAUGCCAACCACCUGGGUCAUGGCCUGUGCCUACGCCCCCACCGGGAACAUGGUCGCCUGCGGCGGUCUGGACAACAAGGUGACGGUGUAUCCCCUAAGCUUCGACGAGGACGUGACGCAGAAGAAGAAGGCGGUCGGCACGCACACCUCCUACAUGUCCUGCUGCACCUUCCCCUACUCCGAUCAGCAGAUCCUGACGGGGUCCGGAGACUCGACGUGCGCGCUGUGGGACGUGGAGUCGGGCCUGAUGCUGCAGAGCUUCCACGGGCACCAGGGCGACGUCAUGGCCCUCGACCUCGCGCCCUCCGAGAACGGCAACACCUUCGUCUCCGGGGGAUGUGACAAGAUGGCUUUAAUCUGGGACAUGCGAACAGGCCAGUGUGUCCAGAGUUUCGAGGGCCACGAGUCUGACAUCAAUUCCGUCAAAUUCUAUCCAUCAGGGGACGCCAUUGCCACGGGAUCGGAUGACGCCACGUGCCGGCUCUUUGACCUCCGCGCAGACAGAGAGAUCGCCGUGUACACCAAGGAGAGCAUCAUCUUCGGUGUCAAUGCAGUCGAUUUCUCCGUCAGUGGACGUCUCCUCUUCGCGGGAUACAACGACUACACCGUUAAUGUCUGGGACGCCCUCAAAUGCCAGCGCCUCACCAUCUUGUACGGCCACGAGAACCGGGUCUCCUGUCUCAAGAUGUCUCCGGACGGGACUGCCAUCUCUACCGGUUCCUGGGACUUCACGCUCAGGAUAUGGGCUUAGAUUCGCUGUAAAAAAAGAAGGGAAGGAUGCUAAUCGUAAUGGUCAGUGCUUGUCAUGACGUUAUGCAAAAGGCAAGAGGAAAUGGCAUGAUAUAAGAAACCAAAACUAUGGCGAACAGGCCGAAAAAUGAAGUGGGACCAAUUUAGAUACAUUUUGUGUAGGCAGUGGGGAAAAAAAAGAACAAACUAAAGGAAAGUGUAGUUAAAGAAAUACAAAAAAAUCAGACUCGAAUUCGCAGAAGCUCGUUAGAGAAGCCAUAAAAAAAUGAAGUAAAACAAAACAAAACAAAACAAAACAGAUCAUUAUAUCACGUAAACCAAUAUAGAAAAGCAGUAGAGGAAGUUGUAAGUGUUAGAAAUGUGUGUUUAGUAAAGUCAGUCUAGAUUUUUAUGAAGUUAAUACUUACUGGUCAUAGUCUAUUGUGUGAAAGCAGGUGGUGUUGUGGUGGAGCCAAGACCCACUGGCUGGAAAGACGGGCUGCUCAUCACAGGUCCCAACACCACAUGAGAAAUUCCGGUCUAUGCAUUGGGAAAUUUCAGGGUCGAAUGGCCGAUGAAGUCGACUUUCACCUUUUUCAUCUCCUUUUUUUCAAUUCUUCUUCUUCUUCUGCUAUCACUCCUUCUGAAAAUUCUUAUAAUACUGAGACAUUAAUGUUUCUCAAGUCUACAGCACAAAUAGCAUUACAGGGAGAUUUUACUAGUUACAUACGAGCUAUAUAUUUAUCACAAGAAAUGUUAUAUAGAGAAUGGCUUUCAUACUUAAUA